AAGUUCUGAAAAUGUCUACCGGAAGUAGUGCUGUGGUUUCCCCCCCUAGGUUCCCUCCCUCCCUUUGACUUCUCAUUAAUCUUUGUGUAGUAUAACAGGCAAAAGCUCAACUAACUUGUUGCUUAACAAACCUUAGUGAUGUUUUUGGUGUUACUCCUCAUGUCAUUUGGAACAUUUCAUGUUCACUCAGUACUUUCAAAGCCAGAGCAAGUCACUGCCUAUGAGGGGGACACAGUUACAUUGCAUUCUAGAGGAAAGACCACGUGGACUCUUUCCAGAAUCCAGUGGGCCAUUUUUCAAAAUGAUACUUUAAUUGCUACUUAUCAGACAGGACACUUAGAAACCGACCUCAUCUGGAGUUACAAGGGUCGACUUACUCUGAACACGACUACUGGUGAUCUACAGAUCAAAAAUGUGACAAGAAAGGACAACAAGUCGUAUUCUGUGCUUUUGAUGGACAACAACAAUGACCAAUACAAUCAUGACAUUCAACUCAACGUAAGAGCCCAACUGCACCAGCCAAUUCUAAAUGUAAGUUUAAGUGCUAUAUCCAAAGAUCGCUGUAUGGUGGAGCUGCGCUGCACGUCACCUCAGGAAGGACUGCAUAUCUCCUGGGACUACAUCAGGGAUCCUGUGCUCUUUGCUUACAGUGGCUUGGAUAAGAACGAUUCUGUCCUGUGGGCAUAUUUACGAGCAGACACCCCCACAAACUUUACCUGCACAAUCAGUGACGGCCUUCGGAAUUCAAGCAUAAGUAAACAGCCAUCAUGCAAAGACGCCCGAUGCAACUGCUGCGGUCGUCACCACUACAUACCAGCAGUGUUGGUGACUUUUUACUUGGUACUACUAUGCAUGACUGUAUCAACACGGAUGCCAAUAAGGACACAACAAGAAGAGACUCACGCAGACACUCAAGAAGAGCAACAAGGAGAGACUCACCCAGAGACUCCAGAAGAGCAACAAGAAGAGACUCACACAGAGACUCAAGAAGAGCAACAAGAAGAGACUCAUGCAGACACUCAAGAAGAGCAACAAGAAGAGACUCAUGCAGACACUCAAGAAGAGCAACAAGAAAAGACUCAUGCAGAGACUCCAGAAGAGCAACAAGGAGAGACUCACCCAGAGACUCCAGAAGAGCAACAAGAAGAGACUCACACAGAGACUCAAGAAGAGACUCACGCAGAGACUCAUGAAGAGCAAGAAGAAGAGACUCACGCAGAGACUCAAGAAGAGCAACAAGAAAAGACUCACACAGAGACUCCAGAAGAGCAACAAGAAGAGACUCACACACAGACUGACAUCUUUGUCCCAGGGAGGUGAUUGGAAGUAAAUAAGGACUUCAAAACAACAAACAGUGUGUGUGUGAUUUAAUUCUACAAUUCACACAGACAAAAGUCAAAAUUACAUCUCAAAUGCUUUUCGCACAAAGAUGAGUAAAGACACAUGUGAUCAAGCUGUCAUCCACAGGUUUAACUAUAGCACCUCCUGGUAUGGAGAAGAGAGAGUGGCUCCAACAUCCUUCUUCACCUCUGUACGUGAGAAGUUUACCUUGUCAUACACAGUCUGAGGCUGCACAAGAAAAGGGGGUUAAAAAAAAAGAGAAGAGUGAUGUUAUUUGACUCUGCUACCUGUACUCUGUUUGUAUGUAUGUCCAUAGACAGGCUCUGUUCUCUAUAUGUUUUAUAAAAUUUCACAAAAGUGUAUAUUUUUAUACAACUGUCUCCUCUUUCUUUGUGUACUAAGAGCUAUUUAGUAUGUCAGUCUACAUGCACAAGUCAUACCCUUUCUAUUUUGCAUUUCUGAUGACAAACGAUGAAUAUAUAUGAUGUGUGUCACACACAAACACACACACACACACAGAAUAGUUGCCAUGCGUUUGACAUUAGAUAUCUAUGUAAUUCAUCUUAAUUAUCAUACUAAGCAUACCCUUCUCUAUCAAAUCUAUGUAAUCUAACUUCCCUUUUCACAACAUUAUGUUCACUGUAAAAAAGCUAUUUUUACUUAAAAUGUUUAGUUAGUAUAA